UAACACAGGGAUGUGGGUGAACCAGCAGGAAGUCCAACCUGAGUGAUUAUUAUCUAUUAUUAUUAUCUAUGUUACUAAAAAAAGAAAAAACAACUAUCAGUAUAUGAAAACUCAUUUAAAAAAGAAACUAAUUAUAUGAACUGAUAAUUCUUCUCUUUGGUACUUGCUCAAGGCCAAAUCUGAUGGGAACAACUGGGUUCGAUCUGACAACCUCCUCCUUCCCAGACCAACGCUCUACCAGACCACCGAGCACCAACUCCAUAGUUUUGCUGGUGUUCAAAAACAAGUGGUUAUUCUCACCAGCUCAAUGAAAGUCAGAGAUAUGACCCCCCUGUACUCCUGAUCAUAACCCAUGUUGUAAGUGAGUGGCUGACAGUGAAGUUGGAAUGUUUUAGUGGGAAUAGCAUUUAGUGAAGCAGAAAGAGGAAGCAGGUUUGAUUGAACUCAUUAGCAUGUGUAAUGAGGUGUUCUCAUCAAACUGAAAACACUUCUGUCUGUGUUUGUCUACACUCACCUGUAACAUACUGCAUUUGUCUUCAUUGUCAGUUUAACAGGGUUUAUUAGAUGGACACAGACAGCAGUAAGAUGGUGAUGGCCAGGGCUGCUCAGGUCUUGGUGAAUCAUAUCCAUACGUUCUACUCUAGUUUGGGGUACAUACUUUCUUAAAUCAUGUGCUUAAUUUAUAUUUAUUCAUCCAAGUGCUCCAUUGAUAGAAAAGAGAAAUAUGUCACAGCGGCUAGUGUACAGUAGAUCACACAGGAGUACACAUGUCACAUGCAUCCACUGGUACAGGCGAAGUGAUUUCAGGAAUAUAUCAUUUUAUAUUUUUAGAAUUCUUUUUAGCAGCUCCAGUUUUGUCUGUGGUCUAGAUUUCAUUUUCUAGGAAAGACAGAUCAGAUUCUGCCACAAUCACCAGACAAAGCUAACCGAUCUGCCAGCGUUUCACACCUUUCACAGACACGAGAGGACGGGGAUGCUAAAAAUAACCCAGAGGCUCCACAGGUUGUUCAUGCAUUGGAUGUUGGGAGGCUGCCGGUUGGGCGGGGCUGAUGUUGGAAGGCUGUGGGUUGGACGGGGCUGAUGCUGGGUGGACGUGCGCGCGCCACUGAUUUUCCCUCCUCCAUUGAUCAGUAGUGGGAAGGCGGUUCCUCCGAAGCCGCGUUCGAGCUGCUCGGCUGCGUCAGAGUCCAGCUGAGCCGACCAAGACAGAUACCAGUGGUGAAAACGAAAGAGGUUCUGGACGAGCCUGGAGAGCGGGCCGUGAGUCGCCGAGGCAGACCUGCGUCGUGAACCACAGACAGACGAGACAUGGACGGAACAACGGAGGAGGAAUACAAAGAGAAAUUAUUAUGGAACGUGAAGCGGGAGGUGAAGCAGAUUAUGGAGGAAGCAGUGACUAAGAAAUUUGUCCACGAAGACAGCAGCCACAUUAUUGCUCUUUGCACUGCCAUCGAGUCCUGCCUCAGUCACCUGCUGAAGAGACGAGCAGCUGGUUUUCUCCGCAGUGACAAGAUUGCCGCCCUCUUCAACAAAGUUGGCAAAGUGUAUGAUAUUGCUGGCGAGGUUUGCCACAAGGUGCAGGAGCAGCUCCAGCAACAGGCAGAUUUAACCAGGAGAAUGCAGAUCGUGGGACAUGAGCCUCUGAGGAGACAGGGCUCGUCCACCACCAACCGUUCCCCUCAGCCCCUCUCAGUCCAGGCAAUCAAACACAUCUGGGUCCGAACAGCUCUGUUUGAGAAAGUGCUGGACAAGAUAGUACAAUAUAUUGUGGACAACGCAAGUAAAUACUAUGAGAGGGAAGCACUGGUGCAUGACUCAGUCUUUGGCCCUAUCCUGGCCGCCCUGCUGGUGGGGCCCUGUGCUCUGGAGUACACUAAAUUAAAGACAUCAGAUCAUUUCUGGACCGACCCCUCAGCCAACGAACUGGUCCAGCGACACCGGAUCCACGGGGCCCACCGGGGUCAGGACACGACUGCUGGCCGUCGGCCUGCUCUGGGGAUCCGCAAGAGGCACUCCAGUGGCAGCAUGUCAGAGGACAGGUUUGCUGCCUCAGCAAGGGAGUAUGUGGAGUCUCUUCACCAGAACUCCAGAACACACCUUCUCUAUGGGAAAAACAACGUCCUGGUGCAGCCGAAAAAAGACAUGGAGGUGUUGCGAGGGUACUUGUCCCUCCACCAGGCUGGUGACAACCUAACCCUGAAAUGGACACCCAACCAGCUCAUCAACGGCACGCUGGGGGACUGUGACCUGGAAAAGAGUAUCUACUGGGACUAUGCACUGACUGUUCCUCUGCGCCAGAUAGUCUGCAUCCACUGUCAUCAGCGCCCUGACUGUGGUGGUACCCUGGUUCUGGUUAGCCAGGAUGGGAUCCAGCGGCCACCCCUCCACUUCCCCCCCGGCGGUCACCUCCUGGCCUUUCUCUCCUGUCUGGAAACAGGCCUUUUACCACAGGGUCAGCUGGAGCCGCCCCUUUGGUCCCAGAAAGGCAAGGGAAAAGUGUUUCCUAAACUGAGGAAGAGGAGUAGUUCUGCAAGGCUCAUUGACCAGGACAGAGAUGCUGAAGAGCAGACUGCUGCUGACUAUGUCUUUCGCAUCGUCUAUCCAGGGUACUGCUCCGAUGCCACAGUCACUAUAAACUACCACCACAACACAGGCAGCCGUGCUCCCUCGCUGGACGAUGAUGAGGAAGAAGAAGAUAGGCUCCAUGCUAUGAUCUCAAUGAUCUGCUCGCGGAACCUCACAGACCCUAAUGUUAUGAAAGACCAUGGGGAGAUGAUAGAGAUGCAGGGGUUUGGAGGAAGCCCGUCAUCAUGGCAACAGGCUGAAGUAACUACUCACGAGUCGUUGUGUCAGUCCUGCUCCACAGCUGGCAGCAACAUGUUGUUCAACCACUUGGCUGGUUGUACCUGUAUCCACGUCCCCUCAGACAUACACACUGUUCCUCUGAAGAUGCUUUGCCAGAACAUGAAGAGGCAGAUUGUUUCUAGAGCAUUUUAUGGAUGGCUGGCCUACUGUCGACACCUGUCCACUGUGCGGACUCACCUUUCAGCUCUGGUCAACCACAGCAUCGUUCCCCCAGACAGACCCUGUGAGGCAUCCGGGGGCCUCAGCAAAGAGGUGUGGAGCAAGUACCAGAAAGACUGUCAGAACUACAAGGAGCUGGAGCUGCUGAGGCUGGUUUAUUACGGUGGUGUGCAGCAUGACAUCAGGAAGAAGGUCUGGCCUUUUUUGCUGGGACACUAUAAGUUUGGGAUGGGCAGGAAGGACAUGAGCCAGAUUGAUGCAAAGGUCAGUGAGCGCUACCAGCAGGUGAUGCGGGAGUGGAAGGCCUGUGAGGUGAUUGUCAAGCAGAGGGAGAAGGAGAUGCAUUCAGCCAUCUUUGCCAAGCUCUCGUCAGGCAGCAGCAUUGACAGCCAUGUCCUGCGUCUGGUUCAUAGAGACUCCACGCUCAGCAACGAGGUGUUCAUGUCGGUGGAUGAGCCAGACACAGGGAGCCAGGAGACCCCCAGUGGAGAGGACAGCACCCCCACCAUGACCACCUUGGGUCCUCCUGCAACUGUGCCCCAGGAGGAGCGCCUCCUGAUGGAGUUUGACUCCCCUGAUUCCGGUCUCCCUUCCUCUAGAAACUACUCCGUGACUUCUGCUCACUCUCAGAUCCUGUCAAGUAUAGAUGAUGGUCAGAGCACAGAGGAAGAAGGGGGGGGUACAGAGGAGGUCAGGACUCCAAGUGUGCUGGGGGAGUGUCAGGACUCCCUGACGGAGGACGGACUUUGUAAUCAACUGGACAAACUGGUGACAAGUGAAGCAGCUACUGAGGGAAUGCCUCCGUCCCUUUCCUCAUACACGAUCGAGCUACUGGACACAGUUGCUCUGAACCUCCACAGAAUCGAUAAAGAUGUGCAGCGCUGCGAUCGAAACAAUUUCUACUUCACCACAACCAACCUGGAGAAACUACGCAACAUCAUGUGCAGCUAUGUGUGGGAACAUCUAGAAAUGGGCUACGUGCAGGGCAUGUGUGACCUGCUUGCUCCACUCAUGGUCAUCUUGGAUGAUGAGUGCUUGGCCUACAGCUGCUUCACUCAGCUGAUGAAAAGGAUGAGUCAAAACUUCCCUAACGGUGGAAUCAUGGACACACACUUUGCCAACAUGAGAUCACUGAUCCAGAUCCUAGACUCAGAGCUGUUUGAACUAAUGCAGCAAAAUGGAGAUUACACUCACUUCUACUUUUGUUAUCGCUGGUUCCUGCUGGACUUCAAGAGAGAACUCUUGUAUGAGGACGUGUUUGCCGUGUGGGAGGUGAUCUGGGUGGCUCCCAGGAUUUCUUCACAGCACUUUGUCCUCUUUCUGGCUUUGGCCUUGGUCACCGUUUACCGUGAGAUCAUCAUGGACAACAACAUGGACUUCACUGACAUCAUCAAGUUCUUUAAUGAGAUGGCAGAGCGCCACGAUGUCCACCAUAUCUUGAACGUAGCACGUGAGCUGGUGCACAAAGUCCAGUCUCUGAUGGACAACAAGUGAUAAGAGGACAAGCAGAAGAGGGUUUCAGGACCCUCCUCACCCAAUUGGAGCAGCAGCAGAACCGACUGUCUGCCCAGAUCCACCAGGGGUCAGCCCUGGUCUGUUUACAUAUACUUAUGGAAUGCCCAUGGUGACAUGUAGAUUUGUCUGCAUGCUUGUAAGUUUGAUCACACUGUGAACAUAUUUUGACUCCCCCCGAUCCCACAGAGCUUGUGUGUGUGCAUGAAAACACACAGUUCAUAGUGGCUGUAUCAACACUCUGGGUCGAGGAGUCCACCCUAGCUCCUCGACCCAGAACAUGGAGGCCAGUCAGGAAGGCUGACGUGUUCUCAGUGUUUGACUCAUGUUGCUCUGUGCACUGCUCAAGUACAGGACGUUCAUGCAGCACAGCUGAAGCAGCUGCGUAGAAGAUUCCAUACGUGACCAAAUGGACUGUGCCAACUACCUUUUAGAGUGUUUCCUAAGACAGCAUGCCCCCAUUUUGUUUCAUUACCACACUGAUGUUGCCUUUAUCUGUAACAACCCAACAUACUUAGUUGUACUUAUAACGAGAGUUUCCUUUACAGUGCCCUCCACAGCAGGUGGUGGCACAUAGAGGCCAAUGUGUGGAGGCGCUGAACUGUGGACCCUCAGGAUGAACUGCAGCAAACCUUUCUGAGCAUGUCGCUUCUUAGAGUGUAAUUUAACCUGAACAAAAAAGCACAAAUAUAAGACUGAGCACAAAGUCUACACAGGAGAUCCAAUUACACACAGGAUCAAUAGUCUCAUUGUUCUGACUAGUUCUGACCAAACUGAUUAAAAACAGCGUAACUAUUUCAGCCUUUGUAAGUUUUUAGAUUGAUUAAAAGGAUGAAACUGAGUCACAGACAUAAAACCAGUGAGUCCAGAAGAAGUGGUUGCAUUUUCCCCCGUGGAACCUGAAUUUUGAUUCCUCCAGACUCCAGCUCAGCCUCUGGACUGGAACAGUUGAAGGACACCUCCCCAUUGUCCCAAGUUAAAAACUACCUAAGAAAAGCUGCUUAAUGCCAAACCUCUGUAGUGUUCAGUGAAUCAGUAUAACUGUAUCUGGUUUUGGCAUCACAGCAACAGCACAUUGUUUCAACUAAAAGGGAAUUUUUGAUGCUAGUUCCAAUCCCUGUUGUCUGUGAGCGUUCCAUUUCACCAAACCCAAUGUGGCUGCAUAUGAUUGGUCAUCCAGCAUGGACCUGCACCUACAAGUGCCAAGAGUCUUCCCCAAUCUUGCGUGUACUGUAGUCAUCUGGCUCUGAUUCGCUAGCUUGAUCCACGGUGGGUAGCUUGUAUGGAUGUUGCUGCGGACUGUGACCCCCCCGCUGCCACGGUAACAGAGGGCCAGUGGGGAAAACUGGGCCAGUCGCUGAGCUUCUUCUUCCAAUCAGGACAUUGUGUACCAAAGCCUUGAAGCAGCCCCCUCUGUGGCAUGAUGGCGUGCAAUUUCAUACUGCAUCUUGAAGACUUGACUGUUUACUAUGUGUGCAAAAUAUUUUUGAAAAUGGUGAUCUUGUAUUGAACUACUGUGCAUUUUAUGUUGAAGAAAACCCAUCAAAGUCUAUAUUGAUGUAAAUAUAAACCAAAAGCCCAAUAUUUCUAUGAGGACAUAGACAUAUAUAACUUAUUUUGAGAUCUAUUUUUUAUGUUGUGUUAAGAGCAUUAGUCAGAGGUGUGUAUGAAUGUGUAAAGAUUGUGUUACACGUUGACUGUUAAGUGUUCUUUCUUCAAAUUUCUAUUUAUUUAGAGCCGAUGAUGCAUUGCUGAAUACGUAUCAUUUGCCUUUGAAUGUAAAGUAUUAUUUAAAAAAAGUUGUUGAAUAAUGUGCUGCUUAAUAGUCUUCAGAUGUCUGACACAGAUUUACAGUGGAGGCCUCAUUCAUGAUACGACACAGGAAGCAGCCUUUUAAUAAAACAUGGGCUUUAACUGCUCAUAA